AUGAGCUUCAUCUCGGGCCUAGAUCUCACCAGAAACUACUCCCUCUUCACAGUCCCCGUGGCAUGGGUGAUAUGCAUGCUCCCCGGCACAUGGGCCACCAGCGUGGCAGGCUCGUCCUAUGACCUCGCCAACCCACGCCAGUACCUGACAACACUCAGCUCCGACAACAAGAUAGACAAAGCCCGCCUCCAACGCCUCAUGCGCGCCCAAAGCGCCAUGGAAAACGGCUUCGAAACGCUCGGCCUCUACGCCGCCUCCGUCGCGGCCGCGAACCACGCCCGCGUCGACCCGUGGUGGCUCAACGUGCUCACCGUGGGCUACCUCGCGUCCCGCGUGGCCUACAUCUACGCCUACAUCGUGCUGUGCCAGAACCGAAAGCUGGCGCCGGUGAGGUCGGGCAUCUGGGCGGUGGGGGCCGGGGCCAUCACGGCGUUGUAUGUCAUGGCUGGGUGGAAUCUGAUGUGA